UGAAGUUUGGAGACUCAAAGUGGAUAAGGGGGAAACAGGCUGACGGAAAAUGGCAGACUUCGAGGGAGAGGGAAUUAAUUCGGUGGCACCUCGGUUAGUUCAGCCAUCCUCUCCUAACGGCACCGGUGUCAGCCCUACGCAGGGCACCGGCAGUUGCCAAACGGUGACUACCGUUACGUCAGGCCCGCGACUGGUGCGGAUAGUCAAGUCUGACUCGGGAUAUGGCUUCAAUGUCCGGGGACAGGUUAGCGAAGGAGGACAACUACGGAGCAUCAACGGGGAAUUGUAUGCCCCGCUACAGCAUGUUAGUGCUGUUUUACCGGGAGGUGCAGCGGACAGAGCCGGUAUCUCGAAAGGGGACCGGAUUCUGGAAGUUAAUAGUGUGAACGUGGAGGGGGCGACCCAUAAGCAGGUGGUGGAUCUGAUCCGUGCGGGGGAGAGGGAGCUGAUGCUGGCCGUGCUGUCUGUACCUCCCCAGGAGGCUGACUGUCUGGACCCUGGAGACGACGGCUCAGCCCAGUCCUGCUACGACUACAGUGACAAACAGGCCGUCCCCAUCUCCGUCCCCACAUACAAACACGCUGAACUCAACCAGGAGAGGUUUGUGGUGUAUAAUGUGUACAUGGCAGGCAGACAGCUGUGCUCUAAGAGGUACAGGGAGUUUGCUAUCCUCAACCAGAACCUGAAGAGAGAGUUUGCCAACUACACCUUCCCCAAAAUACCUGGCAAAUGGCCUUUUUCCCUGUCUGAACAACAACUAGACGCUAGACGCAGGGGACUGGAGGAAUACCUGGAGAAAGUGUGUUCAGUGAGGGUGUUUGGGGAGAGUGAUGUCAUGCAGGAGUUUCUGUCUGACGAGUCUGAUGAGAACUAUAACGGCGUAUCAGAUGUGGAGUUGAGGAUAGCCAUGCCUGAUAAAACCACCGUCACAGUCCGUGUCCGCAAGAACUGUACAACUGACCAGGUUUACCAGGCUGUGGUCAUGACAGUAGGAAUGGACAGCAUAACGGCCAGCUACUUUGCUCUGUUUGAGGUCAUCAACCACUCCUUUGUGCGUAAACUGGCUCCUAAUGAGUUCCCCCACAAGCUGUAUGUUCAGAACUACACGUCUGCUGUCCCUGGGACCUGCCUCACCCUGCGCAAGUGGCUCUUCACCACCGAGGAGGAGAUCCUGCUCAAUGACAACCAACUGGCCGUCAGCUACUGCUUCCACCAGGCGGUGGAUGAUGUGAAAAGGGGAUUUAUCAAGGCAGAGGAGAAGUCCUACCAGCUACAGAAAUUAGCAGAACAGAAGAAGAUGGCCAUGUAUCUCAGUAUGUUACGGGGCUGUGAAGGCUACAAUGAGAUCAUCUUCCCACACUGCUCCUGUGACUCCCGACGCAAAGGCCACGUCGUCACAGCCAUCAGCAUACACCACUUUAAACUGCACGCCUGCACAGAGGAGGGAACGCUAGAGAACCAGGUGAUCGUGUUUGAGUGGGUGGAGAUGCAGCACUGGGACACUGAUGAGGAGGGCAUGGCCUUCUGCUUCCAGUACGCCAGGGCAGAGAAGAAACCUCGCUGGGUCAAGAUCUUUACUCCCUACUUCAACUACCUGCAUGAGUGCGUUGAGAGAGUCUUCUGUGAACUCAAGUGGAGGAAAGAGGUGGAAGAGGAGGCUGUGGAUAAGGACAAUAAGAACUGCAGUAAAGAAGAAUAUAUUCCAGCUGUUGAGACACAGAAGGGAUGGAGGCACCUAGGAGGAGAGAUCAUCACCUCAUAAACAUGCUCUCCUCCAUCCGUCCCUCUGGUCUGGUUCGGCCCGGAACUACCACCACUACCUGUCCUCGCACAACUACAAACUACAACUUCUACAUACCAUUAACAGCAACUACAGAUCAACAACCACCACACACCAUCAAACUACAAAUGAACAACUUCUGGACUGACUGAAGGAGAAACAAUGACGCACACUACAACUUAAGCUGUCAUUCACCAUGAACCCUUGAAUACACCCCAAGCACACAAUAUAAACACAAGCCAACAGGAAGCUACAGUAGAAACAUACAGCAGGUUUGUACAGGUGAAUAACUAACUCUAAAAACGUAGAUACAUGCCUUCAUACAUCGCAUCACCUCUUUGGUCAAAACUCCAUGGAGACCUGUGACUGUUGGCUAAGGAGGCUAACGUCUUGUGGUGGGCUUGGAUGAAGGAGAUGGUUCUCUGGGACGAUAUUGGACAAGGAAUUUGGGUGCUCUGGACUGGAACAGAGUGCAGUGGUAGAAGAGAACAAAAGAGGGAUACAGAUGCUGGAACAGAACCUGUUCUAAAAUAGGAAACGGCUGGUGGUGAUGGAACAGAACCUGUUCUAAAAGAGGAAACGGCUGGUGGUGAUGGAACAGAACCUGUUCUAAAAGAGGAAACGGCUGGUGGUGAUGGAACAGAACCUGUUCUAAAAGAGGAAACGGCUGGUGGUGAUGGAACAGAACCUGUUCUAAAAGAGGAAACGGCUGGUGGUGAUGGAACAGAACCUGUUCUAAAAGAGGAAACGGCUGGUGGGGAUGGAACAGAACCUGUUCUAAAAGAGGAAAUGGCUGGUGGUGAUGGAACAGAACCUGUUCUAAAAGAGGAAAUGGCUGGUGGUGAUGGAACAGAACCUGUUCUAAAAGAGGAAACGGCUGGUGGUGAUGGAACAGAACCUGUUCUAAAAGAGGAAACGGCUGGUGGUGAUGGAACCAGAACCUGUUCUAAAAGAGGAAACGGCUGGUGGGGAUGGAACAGAACCUGUUCUAAAAGAGGAAAUGGCUGGUGGUGAUGGAACAGAACCUGUUCUAAAAGAGGAAACGGCUGGUGGGGAUGGAACAGAACCUGUUCUAAAAGAGGAAACGGCUGGUGGUGAUGGAACAGAACCUGUUCUAAAAGAGGAAACGGCUGGUGGUGAUGGAACAGAACCUGUUCUAAAAGAGGAAACGGCUGGUGGUGAUGGAACAGAACCUGUUCUAAAAGAGGAAACGGCUGGUGGUGAUGGAACAGAACCUGUUCUAAAAGAGGAAACGGCUGGUGGGGAUGGAACAGAACCUGUUCUAAAAGAGGAAAUGGCUGGUGGUGAUGGAACAGAACCUGUUCUAAAAGAGGAAAUGGCUGGUGGUGAUGGAACAGAACCUGUUCUAAAAGAGGAAACGGCUGGUGGGGAUGGAACAGAACCUGUUCUAAAAGAGGAAACGGCUGGUGGUGAUGGAACAGAACCUGUUCUAAAAGAGGAAACGGCUGGUGGUGAUGGAACAGAACCUGUUCUAAAAGAGGAAACGGCUGGUGGGGAUGGAACAGAACCUGUUCUAAAAGAGGAAAUGGCUGGUGGUGAUGGAACAGAACCUGUUCUAAAAGAGGAAACGGCUGGUGGGGAUGGAACAGAACCUGUUCUAAAAGAGGAAAUGGCUGGUGGUGAUGGAACAGAACCUGUUCUAAAAGAGGAAACGGCUAGUGGUGAUGGACUGAGGAGACGCAUCUGAAAAGUUCUAAAACAGGAACUGUGUGUGUGUGUGUGUGUGUGUGUGUGUGUGUGUGUGUGUGUGUGUGUGUGUGUGUGUGUGUGUGUGUGUGUGUGUGUGUGUGUGUGUGUGUGUGUGUGUGUGUGUGGACUGAUUAUGGACAGCUGUGAGAGUCUAGGUUGGAACCCUGGAGGUAGAAACAACCCUUCUCUCUGACUCUGAACUGAACUCCCAGAAUGAGUCUCGACAGACAGACGGAGGGAACCGGCCACAUGAUACAAGAGACUGGACUCAUAUGAACCACACAGACCGAUUGACAUAUGGAUAUUAUCUCCUGUUUGUAGCCACUAUCUCCAUUUCAAAGAGAUCUACUGAAGAGACUAUUACAGACACAGAGAGAGAAAAACCAUACAUUUCCUUUAUUUGUGACUAUUGGGCCGAGCAGAACCAAGGGUAGCAUGUGUGUUUCAGCUGCUGGUUCUGUUUCGGUUUACAGAUGCUGAAAUUGCCCUGAAGCCAUUUUUGAAUACACAAACCUUCUUAUAAAAAAACACACACACACACACACACAGAAUGCUCAUCAUGUAGGAAUUGGAUCCCAGGAAAGUAUUCUGCCAUCUUGACAGAUACCUGAACAAGGAACAUGUUUACUUCACCUGUGCGUUUUGUGUACCUCCUAAAGACAUAUAAAUAUCAUUUUUAAUGUGGACAUUUCAGACAUUGGACAGAAUAGCACAAAAAGAACCCUGUAAGAUGUUGACCACGUUAAGCUCAAUAUGUAUUCAUUCUAUGCUAAGUUUGCUGUUCUGCUGAUGCCUAACUGUGGGUUCAUAACACUGAAAUCAGAAGUGCAUCUCGAUUUACAUGUUUUGUGUCAUUCUGUUCUUGAGAAAAGGUGUGAUGCUUUAGAAACACACUGUGAUUGUCAGUCUGUAGGAUAUGUCUAUGGUGUUGGUUUAGGUGAGUCUUUGGUUCAAUUGAUACAGUGUCUUGCGAAAGUAUUCUGCCCCCUUGAACUUUGCGACCUUUUGCCACAUUUCAGGCUUCAAACAUAAAGAUAUAAAACUGUAUUUUUUUUGUGAA